UGGCGGUAAUGGAUUCAACAGCUCCGAAUUGGUAAUCGUCAGAUGCUUCCUGUCAGCCACUGUUAACGGACCAAAAUGUGAAAGACACCUGGAACAGGUAAUGUGCAUACAGAAUAUGCCAGAAGUGUCCAGUUCAGGGUGAUGCCGGCUUGAUGGACAUGGAGUUUCAGUGGAGAUGGUGAAGCUGUCAUGAUUUCUCUAAUGUUGAUGCUCGCAGGGCUACCCCAGCUGUCAUCAGUUAUGAGUGAGCUCCCUGAACCUGUAAAGGUGACCCUGUUUUCCCGUCAUUUCAUUCAUCUGUUGACAUGGGAGCCUGGACCAGGGACCAGUAGACAAGCCUACUACAGUGUCUCAUUCCGUGCAAGGAGUAGAUCCUGGGAGUUUGUGCCAGGCUGUGAGCAUGUGAAACACCCACUAAAUUGCAACCUUACAGAUGUUUUCAGUAACACCGGGGAGAUCUACUACUACCAGGUCACCACAGUGCUUGGGGACCAGACCUCAGUGCACGCCUAUCAGCCUGGCUUUAUGCCCAUCAAAGGCACCAUCCUGGACCUGCCCCUGCUCUCUGUGCACCCCUGUGGCAAAUUUUUGUGUGUGGGCCUUCAGCCUCCCAUGGAGCACAUGCGGAAGAGCUAUGACUCCCUCCAGUAUGAACUCAAGAUCAAGAGCAUCAGUGCACAUGGAACCGAGUUCUUGAUAACGACCAAUUCCCUUAAAGAAAAGAUUGUGAAGGACCUAGCCCCUGGCAGGCAGUACUGUGUCUCUGUCCGCAUCGCCGACAGUGUGGUGGGCAGGGAUUCGAACUACAGUCAACCUCGGUGUGCUUUUACCAACGGCAUCAUCUCAGACACAGCAAUAUCAUUGAUGAUGUGUUUGAUACUACUUCUUGGACUUCUCACCCUACCUUUACUGUUCUGGACUGGUUUCAUCGGUCUUAAGACACCACUGCCACCACUUCUGGCAUCGAUCCAACACAGGCUGGAGACGCAGCUUGUUAUACCGUGUGACGAACCCCUAACUUUGGCCAGAUAUAGUGAGCCAACACUGCCCUCCGUAGGUAGAAAAGGGAAUAUCAACAUAUUGGAGCACGGUAGUGAAGGAGAAGCAGACAUGGAAAGCACCGUAUGGGAUGAAAGAGGGGGAUAUGAACCUUGGGCAGCUGCUAACCCCCUCCCUGCAUCAUACUGCUCAUCCUCAUCAUCAUCAUCAUCGUCCUGCCCCAACCCUCCUGCUGUAGCCCUCCAAACAGACCUGUUUACCUUUGACCCAAACCAGACGUCUCCCAACCUCAGCCCCCUCUCAAUAUUAGCACCACAACCCAGCACUGCCAUCUCAGGAGUCAUCCAAGCCUCAGAAUUGGGCACUUUAAAAACGUUAGCUGUAGGGAUAAUUGGGCCAACAGAUGAAGAGGAGGAGGCAGAAGAAGAUUGGAGCGGCCAGGAUGUGAAUCUCCUCUCACUAACUUUUGGUGGAAACGAGGAGUUCAGUGAGGAGAAAUCAGGUGUGGACACACAGGAGGAGGAGCCAACAUCUUCCUCAGACACAGAGGAGUCCCCUUACAUGGCCACUCUUCUACUAUCCCAAACUACUGAAACCAUAACAGCGAAAGAGGUGGAGGAGGAGGAGGAAGAAGAAGAAGAGUGUUCAGUUUAUGUGGGCUUUAGGGCCAAACUUAGUUGAACAGUAUCAUAAUGUUGUACAAAUCUGCCACAGACUUUUAGUUGCACCCAUGGAGAUUUUACUGCUAGAUGUCUCCUUAAUGUGUCUUUUUAAUUAACGUGUUGUUUGUUUUGUUAACCAGUGUUGUAAUGUAGAUCUGUGGUGCCAGGAGAUCUAACCUGAUUUCAUUUUCAAGAGACAGAGUUAUUUUUCACUCCCAACAACCAGGGGGUGCAGUUUUUUUUUAAUACCCCCCCCCUUUUCUCCCUCAGUUGUACGUGUCCAAUUACCCCACUCUUCUGAGCCAUCCUGGUCGCUGCUCCACACCCUAUGAUGAUCCGGAAAGGGCUGUAGACUGCCACAUGCCUCCUCCGAUACAUGUGGAGUCACCAGCCGCUGCUUUUAACCUGACAGUGCGGAGUUUCGCUAGGGGGACUUAGCGCGUGGGAGGAUCACGCUAUUCCCCCCAGUUCUCCUGCCCCCCUGAACAGAUGUCCUGACUGACCAGAGGAGGCGCUAGUGCAGCGACCAGGACACAUACCCACAUUCGGCUUCCCACCUGCAGACACGGUCAAUUGUGUCUGUAGGGACGCCUGACCAAGCUGGAGGUAACACGGGGAUUCAAACUGGCAAUCCCCAUGUUGGUAGGCAACAGAAUAGACCGCCACGCCACCCAGAUGCCCAGUGAGUGUAAAUGAGACCAGAAUAUAAUAAUUACAUUACUCCUUGCCAUCUCAGAGUUAACUUGAGUAGGGAUGGGUAUCAUUAAGAUUUUAACAGUACUACUACUCUUACCGAUACUGCUUAUCGAUCCGGUACGUUAACAGUACUCUUAUCGGUUCUUUUUGUUUUUUGUUUUUUUUUUAAGCGGAAAAAAUCAAAACAAAUGUAGAACAGAAUGAACAUUGCUUUAUUUUCUCAUAUCUGGACAGAGUGUUACUUUUAAUCACUAACCCACGUUUGUAUAAUUUGGUUAACUCUGUGUGGGCUCUAGGCUGCUAGCAUACAUACCUGAGGUGGAUGGGCAACAAAAGAUUGUUUGUAUUUCCACCCUUACAUGCAGAAGACUUGUUACACUUGUGACAACGAGCAUUGUCAGCAUCGACUAUAACGAAGUAUAACCACACUUGACCGUUAAGUUCUCUCUCUGCCAUUGUCACUAAGAGCAGGCUCUGUGUGUGUGCGCAUGUCACAGUUGGCCCCACCCCUCGGCUUCCAUUUACGACAGUUUCCGAGAGCAAGAUCUGUCUUGUGGAUUGGGAAUAGAGAAAAUGCAUCAUUAAUGUCUUAAUCUUAUUGCAAAUUAGAAACAAAAGUUGUUGAAAUAAAAGGUGCAAGAUAACGUUUAUGUAGCCUAAAUAAAUAGGACAUGUGUUUUCUUAAUUUCGCCAAUACUGAGAGCAGAACCGUUAAUGUCUGAGCUUAUCAAUACUACGGUCUUAAAAAUUUAAUAAUUUAGCAUCGGUGCCCAUUUAAUACCGGUUAUGGUACCCAUCCCUACACUUGAGCUUUUAACAUUUUUAUUUUGGGGCUUUGGAUUGUUUUUACCAAUGCCUAGGUGUAUGAACCUCAAUUUUCUGUAAGAGAUGUUGGUGCUGUGAGCUGUCAACAGUCAUUCAGUGCAAAAGAACAAAAAGUUCCCCACUUGGCAAACUUGCCUGCUGUGCUUUUGUUUGUUCUUUGUUCUUUGUUUUUGUUUUUUAUUUUUAUACAGUGAAAGAAUUUUUAGCCCCAAACUGGGGAGGUGCUCUUUAACAGUAUUGUCAAUGUCAUCCUAUGACAUUAUGUUCACAUCUCAGAUGUGUAUAGUUAAUAUGACAUUACACUCAUGCUUUCCAAUUUUAUCACUUGAGUGUGUCCAAAUAUGAGACACUUUCCUCCACUGGACAUGUUUAGUGUUUCCUCUACUACAAAAAAAGGAAAUAGAGAGUUAUAGAUCACCUAGCUGUGAAUUUUACCCUAAUGGUUAUUUCAGUGCUACAGGAUUCAUGAGUCUUUUUUUUUCAACUUGUGCCAUUCAGCAAACCCUGCUGAACACUGCAAAUUAUCAUCAUAUUACUUCAGGAAAGUUGAAACAAAGCAACUUAAGGAACUCGGUGGCAUGUUCAAAUAAUGGCUUGUGUCUUACAUGGUGACUGAUUACUGUAUGAUUCAGGACCUUGCAGUAGAUUGUGCUGUUUUGCCAUUUAAGAUGCAUGCCAUUUCAGUGCCACAAAAUACUAGGUGCCAGUUAGUCAAUUUACCAUUUACCAAGUAUUCCGUUGCAUUUUCUUAAACGUUGUUUUUGAUAUUACGUUACUGUUCCAGAAUCUUAUUUUAAUGCAAAGGCUGCAAUCUGGCAAGGUGUGAAAAAGUUUGAGGAACCCUUUUGCUUUGUGAUGUUUUCUGUUACCUGGGGAACCUCUCCAUCUCACACAUUUAUAAUCACAUUUCAAAUCAAAUCAUUUUUGAAUGGUAAUAGUUGCUAGAUAACUAAUGUACGUGCUCAAAUUUGUUGGUACCCCGCCACAAAAAAAAAAGAAGAAUGCACAAUUUUCUCUGAAAUAACUGGAAACUGACAAACGUAAUUGACAUCCAUCAUUGUUUAUUCCAUAUAUUAUAGAAAUCGGACUUUCCUUUUGAUUUUUCAUUCAAGAUUUUUCAUCACUUUUCAGGAGGAAUGAAGCAUUAUUUCCAUGAGCUGUAAGGGUACCAACAAAUCUGAGCAUGUCUAUAUAUGGUAAAAUUAUGAAAGGUGACAUUACUCAGUUCAUCACUCUUGUUGGUCAAAAUGUUUUUACCACAUACUCAGUAGGAGGUCUUUUUUUAUUUCAGGAUAAGUAAUACCAGGAUAAGUAUUUCCAUAGAUAAGUGAUAUACAUUAUGAAUGUUACAGUAUAGAACUAUUUUAAAGAAGGCAAACAAUAUAAUCAAACAUCCAUACUUGCUCCAUAUUUGUGUUUAUUUUUAUGUUAAAAUCACUUCAAUAUCAUGGCUUUUGCAUACACCCAAAGUCAAUGCCAACAUGCGCAAGAAAUAAAGAAUUACAGUAAGCAAAGUCUGUCAUUACUUUCUUUUUUUUUUCAAAAUGAA